UCACAAAGCCCGGUACGUCACCGGCCGGGGCCGGGCCCGGGCAGGCCCCGCCCCUCGCCGCUGCCCUCCCGCUCCUCAACCGUAAGCCAUUGCAGGGCUCUUCCUAGCGGCUGCGCAGAGUUCGUAAGCUCCGCCAGAACUCUCUCUGCCGCGGCGUAGACUGCUCAAACGACGUCCGUCGGGCUUUGAAGCUGUGCUGCCUUACAAUGAAGAGUUAAGUAGUAAUUAAAUUCUCGAAGAACCGCCAAGACUCCUUUGGCUGAAAUGGGGAUGUUCCGCGCCCUGGAUGCUGUGUCGCGGAGGAGAGGAUGUUUAGACAUGACUCCGUCAAAGCAGCGAAGACUUCUGUAAGACAUGGAUAGAUGCAAACAUGUUGGGCGGCUACGACUCGCCCAGGACCACUCUAUCCUGAACCCCCAGAAGUGGCACUGCGUGGACUGCCAGACUACGGAAUCUAUCUGGGCUUGUCUGAAGUGCUCCCACGUGGCCUGUGGGAGGUACAUCGAGGAGCAUGCACUUAAACACUUUGAAGAAACCAGGCAUCCACUGGCAAUGGAAGUUAAUGAUCUGUAUGUCUUUUGUUACCUUUGUGAAGAUUAUGUCUUGAAUGAUAACCCGGAGGGUGAUUUGAAAUUACUGAGAAGUUCUCUGUCAGCAAUUAAAAGUCAAAAACAUGAUCCGUCAACAAGAAGUGGCAGGACAUUGCGAUCAAUGGCUUUGGGGGAGGACAUGUGCAGCCAUCAAAGGACCCCUCAGGGACAAUCUCAGAUGCUUACAGCUCUCUGGCACAGGCGCCAGUCCUUGCUUGCCAAGGCGCUGCGGACCUGGUUUGAUAAGAGCUCUAGAGGCCAGCUAAAGUUAAAACAAAAGAAACAAAUGGAGGAGUUGGAGAAAAAGAAGGAGGCAGCUAGGCAGCGGCGGCAGGAGAUGAAGAGACAACUCCUGGAGGAGCUGGCAAGCACUCCUCCGAGGAAGAGCGCAAGGCUGUUGUCUCACGUGCACAGAGAGAACUUGAUUCCAAGGAAAUUCAGGGAGGUGGCAACCGCUUCCCCUACCUCAAGGCAGAUGCAGAGCAGCAGAUUCAAACAGUUUUAUUCCAUCCGGCGUAAGCCUCUGAUGACUCCCGGGGUAACGGGUCUAAGGAACCUGGGAAACACAUGUUAUAUGAAUUCUAUUCUGCAAGUGCUAAGUCACCUCCAGAAAUUUAGAGAAUGUUUUUUGACACUUGAUCUCUGUGAAACAGAAGAACUCUUAGCUAAAACUGUGAAUGGGAAGUCUAGGAUGCCUGGCAAAUUGGCAAAUGGGUCUGCUGCUAAUGAGUCAGGGAAGACUGACAAAGUGGGAUCAUAUGGCACGCAGAGCUUGCCAGCUGGCUUAAAUGGUGGCUCCUCAAUAAGCAGGAGUUUAGAACUAAUACAACCCAAGGAACCGAGUUCAAAGCACAUCUCUCUCUGUCACGAAUUGCACACACUCUUCAGAGUGAUGUGGUCUGGCAAGUGGGCGCUGGUGUCCCCCUUUGCCAUGCUGCACUCUGUGUGGAGCCUGAUCCCGGCGUUUCGAGGUUACGAUCAGCAGGACGCUCAGGAAUUUCUCUGUGAGUUGUUGGAUAAAGUACAGCAGGAGCUGGAGUCGGAAGGAACGAAGCGCAGGAUCCUCAUCCCUUUCUCGCAGAGGAAGCUCACCAAGCAGGUCCUGAAGGUGGUGAACACCAUUUUUCACGGGCAGUUGCUUAGUCAGGUCACCUGCAUAACAUGCAACUACAAAUCCAACACGGUUGAGCCCUUUUGGGAUCUUUCCCUGGAAUUCCCCGAGCGCUAUCACUCUAUCGAGAAAGGGAUCAUCCCUGUUAAUCAGGCAGAGUGCAUGCUGACAGAAAUGUUGGCCAAGUUCACCGAGACCGAAGCUCUGGAAGGGAGGAUAUAUGCGUGUGACCAGUGCAACAGCAAACGGCGAAAGUCUUCUCCUAAACCUCUAGUUCUGAGUGAAGCUAAAAAGCAGUUAAUGAUCUACAGACUACCUCAGGUCCUCCGACUGCACCUUAAACGAUUCAGGUGGUCUGAACGUAAUCACCGUGAGAAGAUUGGGGUCCAUGUCCUCUUUGACCAGGUAUUAAACAUGGAACCUUACUGCUGCAGGGACUCUCUCUCCUCUCUUGACAAAGAGACCUUUGUCUAUGACCUCUCCGCUGUGGUGAUGCAUCACGGGAAAGGGUUUGGCUCAGGACACUACACAGCAUAUUGCUACAACACAGAGGGAGGUUUUUGGGUCCACUGCAAUGACUCCAAACUGAAUGUAUGUAGCGUGGAGGAGGUGUGCAAAACGCAGGCCUACAUUCUUUUUUACACUCAAAGAACAGUGCAGGACAAAGCAAGAAUCUCAGAAAAACAACUCCAAGCUCAGGUGCCGUCCAAAAAUAGCGAUAAGGACAGAAGACUGACAUUCCCAUGAUGGGGAGCUCUGGAACUCAAUCAGCAGUUUCAGUUUUUUUAAAAACCAUUGGCGUUCACAUCUUUCCUCUUUGUGGGAAAAAAGGCUCGCUGCAGGAAGGGGAUCCGAUCGUGACGUUUGCCGCCCAGGGUCUGGAAAAGCGUAUCGAGCUGUGCAAUUCUGACACGUAAGAUUUUAGUCAGAAUCUUGUUUUUAUAGCAUCUUGUUGUUAAGUGAUGCUCACAACAUGAAAUGAGAAAGUUUGAUGCUGUAUAUCAUUCAUCUCGUAUCAAAAGGGAAUUGCGUACGGUGUGUAACAAAUGAGCACAACCAGGAAAUAGAAGCAUUCAACUGGCUUCAGAAACUUUCAGUACUUAGUAAUGCUGAUAACACUCCAGAAAGAACAGGUAUAGUACCCUCCCCUUUAAUUGCCAUUCAGAUUUCCGGGGUUUGAAUCACACAGUCACCCAGGUAUUUAUUUGAACAGUUGUCGGAUAGAUGGAGUUGACUGCCCUGAGAGCCGUUCUUGCUGGAGAAAUGUUUAACCUUCUACUAGAGAAAAUAUUCCUCAGGCCUCAGCUAUCUCUGAUACCAAUUUCUUUGCCAUCAGUUGAGGGCAAACCCAUGGCUGACAAGCUUUGUCAACAGCUCAUUUUCUCAGUGUUACUGGGGCUGUGUGCACACUUGAUGGUUUAUUCUCUGGACUGAACUUCAUUGGCAGCUAAAUUCACUAGGAAUGUGAUUUUAAAACAGUUCUGCUCUGGAGAAAGUGUGUUUAAAAAUACAAAACCCAGUAGUAAACCAGGAAUGUACAUGUGUGUCAUAUCUGUUUACAGUGGCAGCAAAAACAAAGCCUAUACUACAGGCUUCUGCUGGCAUAACUUUGUCAUCAGGUUUAUAAAGAAGUCUGAGUCCUGGCUUACACAGCUGUGACAGCAGAAGCAGGUAGCGUGGAGGCAUCUUACACUGGCAAAUUAGCACUUUUUUACAAGUGUGUCUUGUUUUCCUCAGGGGAACAGGGUGGUGGUAAUACCACAACAGUGGGAGACACAGCUAGCUUCUGUUACAGCUUCUGUAAUGGAAUAUUCAUUAAUUGUGGUGGUCACCCAAGGCCCAGGCUGACCAAAGGCAGUGAGGUUGCACGGGUGUCAUGAGCAGAGUUCAGCCUAUGAAAUCUUUAUUUCUGCUGGGACGUAAAGGGAAGGAAUGUAGUUAAAUCUCAAAUUUCAUACCGAGUUUGAAAGGCUACAAAAAUGUCGGUAUCAGUAAUCAUCUUGAUUUUAGAAUUCUGUGAGAAACAUAGGGCCUUAGCUGACUAUUUAUAGUCACUUUUCAGCCUACAGCUGUACCUCAGGUGUUUUAAUGAUUUGGGGUUUGGCUGUUCACAUUUCAUGUUUUAAUCAAAUUGAAUAUGUAAUCACAGAGAGACAUGACAUCGUUCAAUCUUGAUGGUUUCUUGGUUUUUUUAAAGUGGUUAAAGGGAAAUAAUCUAAAAUAGGAGGUUCUUCAAAAUAAUUGGUUGCAGUUUCAGGCAGAGGAGUUCUGAAAGUAUGUUUCUCUUCCUCCCUCUUCUCCUUUUAUUCUUGUCAGCAUUUGCCCAUUGGACACAUGCUGACAACCCUACACUGUUGUUGGAGGGGAUGAAGAGGUGAGUUUCCCAGAUGCCAUUCCUCUCUUUCCACUGCCACUACUGUGACUUUUAAUCUCCUGUCCUGUGGGCAAACUGGUCUCUCUGGCUGCUGUUAAUCGCAUCAGCCAUGCAGAGGUGAGCACAGCAAACAAGAAACCUUAAUUUUGUCAGAGCACAGUGUCAUGCUAGGACUCCUCUGUCCUUAAAGUUUCUCAUUUCUUGUAUGUCUGAGCAACAUACUGCUUUUUGAGCCUACAAAAAACUUGUCUUUUUGACAAUUAAAUAUAGUUUUGAGAUCGUAUGCUCUUUUUUUUUUUUUGAAGAUGAGACAGUUUGAAACAGUCCUAUGGGAACUGAUGAAAAAGUUUUAGUUCUGGUUCUCUAAAUGUAGCAAGGUCUGGAAGGAUUUCUUAUGAAUGUCUGUAUAUCUAUCUAUCUACUAGGUGCGGGAUUUUUUUAUGCUACCAGUAAAUAAAAUUAAUAAAAAUGCAAUAGGCCAAAUUGAGAUCCAGUAAAAGUAAAGGUGACUGCUGAUUGCAGGGGAAGCUGAGUUGGGUUCAGCACGGAUAGAAGUUGACAUUCCUGAAAGAAUCAAAAUCAAGCGCUUGUGAUUACCAGAUAUGUGAUGGAUUCUUUUCCGGAGCAAAACAUAUGCUCUGUGUAGACUAUGUGUCUCAGAAAGAAAAUGAAAGGAAAAAUAGUGCUUAGCAUUGCCUUUUUAAUGUAAGAGAUGGAAGAGAAAACUGGUAUUUUUCCCAUGCAUCUGUCCUUCCAGGCCUAUCCAUCCUUUAAGAGGAUUAUAUUCUUCUAAAUGACAGUCAUGGUUUACUAUGACUACCAAGUGGUACGUUCCCUUUCUGAAGCCCUUAGCUGUACUGGCCCUGUUUGUAUAAAAAUUCAGUAGAAAGGCAAACCGUAACGCGGCAUUAGUUGUUAACUGCAGUGAGCCAAGACUCUUCACUAUGAAUGCUCAUCUUUUGACUGAGUGUUUUGCAUUAAUAUUUGAAUUCAGGUAGUAAUACAGUUGUCACGCGAAUCGAGUGGGGAGCUGGGAGUGUACCUGUAGCCGUUGCUGCACCUAAUUGCCCAAGCAGAUUUUGUAGCAUUUGCUGGUGACAUCUUUUGACAUUAGUGGCUCUCCAUGUGACAUUAGCCUAGUUGUGCUGAGAUGUGGAGAUACUGCAGUCAGCAAAAUGAUUGCCCUGAUAGGGAAGGAAUGAAUUAUACUUCAAAGUAAAUAAACUUGCUUUUUCCAACACUGUGAGGUUUCUGUAAUAUUUAGCUUUUAUUUGGAAGCGAUAGCGUAUAGCAUUUUUUAUGCUGUUUGGUUUAUAUUUGUCUACUGCAGGCUUCUUUAUAUAAGCAUAGCCCAAUGCUCCCUACAUGGUGGACACUGUUUUAUAGUGUUCAGUUUGCCAGAAAUUCUGACUAGAAGUUACCUCUCUACAUCAGUAAGAUGAAAGUACUACUUGAAACUACAGUGAAGCCCACUUAUGUGCAUGCCGGACAAAGGGUAGCCUGUAAAGAAAACUUUGUCCCUCCUCUAACGAUACGGCUUCAAAUCCUGCUAAUUCGCUGAUGCAUAUUUAGAAUAAUUCCACGUUUAGGCUCUGCUUCUGCAAACACACGGGCAGAUGAUGUAACUUAACUCAUGCAUGGAGUUCAGUGGCCACAGUUGAGUUGCAAGCUAAGUGUCUGCAACAUAAAAACCUUUAUUUUGGUACAGCUGGGAGCAGAAUUGGUUUCUCGGUGUAGUGGGAUUCCUGUACUGGGGUUCCAGUCUUGUAGCAGGGAGUGAGUUGCCUUGAGAGAUGCUCAGAGCGAGCGUGAGCCCUUGUAGGUUAUUGUCUGAGGGCGUAAGAAGCUGCCGUACACUGGCAGAUUGUCAGGCUCCUGACCACACAGUCUUUGGGACACAACUGUUCCCAGCAAAUCCUUAUUCCAUUCAACUUGUAAGUAAAUUGGUGUUCCUUAAUUUUAUGUUUUCCGGAGUGAAAAAUCUUAACGUAUUCACAGCCAGGUGUGAUACAGCAUCUGCUGUAGUUGGUGGAAACUACUUUCUUUUAGCUAAAUUUACUCCACUAGCAAGUUAGUUACAUAAAUCUGCCUUUAUGUUAUCCCUUUACUGCCCGUGUUCCCAAGUUAAACUAUGCAUACCACAAAAACAGUUUCUCUGCAAAGCACUGGAAAAAACAAUUUUUUUCCCCCAUUAGUUCUGACCAGAACAAUUCUCUGGUCUGGCUUUGAAGUCGUUAAUGUGAGGCAGCAAAUGGAAUAAUGCAUAUUAAAUGCUUGACGUCAGACUAUUCUGGGUGGCAGUACCACCCCCACUUAGGGACUUCCAGGCGGUUUUUUUUUGAGAGUAGGAAUAAAAUUGGAAAUGGUAAAAGCAUUAAGUGUGUCCUAUGGACUCGCUAUCAGGAGGUUUUUUUGCUUUUAGAAGGCAAGGCUUCUAGCAUAAAUAUUGUCUUGGUGGUAAUUUAGAAGCUCUUUUAUUGAUUGUAACGUCCCCAGGCCUGAAUAUGCUUAAUUGCAUCCCAAUGAGAGAGACUAAUUAAACUUCUGGCUGUUGCCAGAUUACCCUGGGAUGAGCUCCAACAGAAGUCAGCGGUGUUGCAGAAUGAGAACUAUGUAAGCAAGAGACAGGGAGAUUAGUUUUACCUGCCAAUACAGUUGUGUGAACUAAUUUUGUAUGUUUCCUUAGAUUUGGUGCCUUGUAUCCAGUAAUAUUUCACAUGGGACAGAAACAUUGGGAAAUAAAUUGUGAAUUCCCCCCUCCUGACUGAAGCAGCAGACAGAUUUGUGGUUUUUUACAAGUACUCAGCAUCACUGACAUUUUUACAUUUUGUAUCUGUACGUGAAUGAAUUUUACCAGCAAGCUCAGAAGCUAGUAUUUUAGUAUUACACAUUUGAAAUCUCUGUAUUUGUAAUACUUCAAAUAACAGCUUGUUCAAAGGCGGAUUAGAUUUGGCCUUUUAGGUUUCUUACAUCACCCAGGCCCCUCCAGUCAGGUCAGUAAGUUGACAUCUGUCAGAGCAUAGAGCAUAGAGCAAGGAAUAAAAACUCCAGUGGGGUUUUUGCUAGAGUAGCUGUAGCUUUGGGAAGCACCUUCUGUUACAAACCUAAUGGUAAUUGCUGGUUUAGAAAAGCAAAAAAUACAGUUCCCAUUGACAUGGCAGUGUUUGCACAGGUUUCCUCUUAGCAGCCUUGCAAAUACUUCCACACGUGAGCAAAAGCAUGCCGUGGUAAUGCCUGCAUAAAUUCAAUAUGCAAUAGAUACAGUUGGGUAAGGUGGCCAAGUGUCCCUUCUUCAAAGGAAACAGUAAAAUCUGAACAGCAGCUCUGAACACUGCCUUUUUGUGUGCAUCUAAUCCCUUCAGCGGGUUUGAGAUCAGAUAGGGCAGACUUAGGUUGAGAAUUUAUUGCCUGCAGGAAUAUAAAACCUCAAUUCAGUGGGUUUUUUGGUGUCUAUUACAUUAAUAUUGAUACCUGUUUAUUGCAGAUGGGAAUGUGAAGCAUUGUAGCAAGCUUCUAAAUUUAUAAAAUCACGUUUAAAUGAUCAAAACCUACAUGCAUUAGUUACCUGUACCAACUAGUGAUUAUUUGUCUUAGUUGAUUUUAGGGGUAUGCCUUUAGGCCACUCCUGUUGUACUGAUUUUUAUUUUGUGCUUGUGUGUAUGGGUUCCACAUGUGAGCCAGAAUUCUUUCAAAAGACUUCUUAAGUCUUAAAAAUGAGCUUUGCAAUGUACGUUUCCAAAACGGGGGGGGGGGGAAUAAAAGAAGAAAAAAAAAAAAAAAAAAAAAA